AUGACAUCAAGUGGCUUUUUGAAUGUGCGCAAGCCGGCGGGCGUGACGUCGCACCAGUGCGUGGGCGCCAUACGUCGAGCACUCGGUACGAAGCAGGUGGGACACGGAGGGACGCUAGAUCCAAUGGCUACGGGCGUUCUCGCGGUCGCCGUGGGACGCGCCACGCGCUUCCUGCAGUUCCUGACGACGGAAAAGGAGUACCGAGGCGUGAUCCGACUGGGCGUCACGACCGACUCGGACGACAUUACGGGCGAUGUGUUGACGCAACGUCCGGUUCCGUGGGUCACGGAGGAGAGCGUGCGCUCGGCUUUGCAGAGGUUCAUUGGCUCUGUUGACCAAGUCCCUCCACGAGUGAGUGCGAUCAAGAAAGAUGGCGUGAGGAUGUACAAAUUGGCGAGGGCGAACAAGGUCUUUAGUAUCACGCCGAGGCGAGUGCAUAUUGAGCGCAUUGAUGUUGAGACGUUUGCGCAGGGAGACUUUCCAGAGGUUGGAAUUCGCGUGGAAUGUGGGGGAGGCACGUACAUUCGAUCAAUCGCACGUGAGUGCGGCGAGGCGUUGAUUGUUCCGCCCGAGCACACGGACGUGCCCUACGACUUGCGCAAUCCUGCUGGUGCGUUGUGUGCUGGAGGCACGCUAACUGAGUUGGAGAGGACUCGAAGUGGGGCCUUCACCAUCGUCGAUAGCCUCAGUUUGGAUGAGAUUAGAGCAAAAGUAGAGGAAGGAGAGACUCUGCUUCAACCGAUUGAAAGCAUGUUGCAGCAUCUUCCAUUUGCGAGAUUGCCUCAGCAUACAGUCCAGCGCUGGCUACAUGGCGGCGUUGUGGCUGUCCCGGCAGACGACAUUGACUUUGUAGACGACAAGCACUAUGGCCUCAUCAGUGGCAAGUCCAUUCGCAUUUACAGCCGCUCCUCGCCAAGACUGCUUGGCGUUGCACAAGUGGACCCGCAGACUCAGCGGAACGAGUUUGUACUUACAAAGCGUUUAUUCAUCUAA